AACUCGAGGCUUUUCACUUCCGCCAGCUUCUUCUUCCUCAAAAGAAAAAAUUCCGGCAGUCCCGCCUGCGCCGCCUCCCCGUCGCGGCGGACACCGCUCCUCCCAUGGCUGCGGACUGGACGUGGGCGCGUCGGGCGUGGGAGAAGUGGACCGGGAAGCACGUCGGCUCUUCCGGGAUGCCGGUCAAGGCAGCGUUGCUUCUCAACUACGAUCCGACGGGACCGUCUCGCCUCCUCCCCAUCGUAGCAGAGCAAGAGGGAACAAAAUUUACAGCUGUUGAUCUGCAACCAUUCAUUGACUUUUUUAGGAGGAAUAAUCUGCAGAUGGAAUUUUUCUCUAUUGGGCCAAACCUAUAUUUAGUCACCUCAAUCCACAAUCACUGGUUUUGUGCUCGUUGUGUUAACUCGGAAAAGCCAGAAGGUGAAGGAGUUAUAAUUAUGCAGAUUGGGGCUUAUUUGUUAGUCUCCAUGUAUGAUGGUUCUCUUUGUUCGGCUUCACAAGCAAUGGUGGCUGUUGAUCAGUUUGCAUGGCACUUUAACCGGAGAACACAUUAACUGUCGACUUGUAUUAAUUUGAGGUUUAUUAUGAACCUGCUACUUCUGUUUGGAAUCCUUAGAAUGAAGUGUAUGACCUGAUAUGCUUCCAAAUAUUACUGUUGUCUUGGGAUCAGUAGGUAUGUAGUGUAAUAACAUUAAGCUUCAGCUGUUUCUGAAAUAGAAGUUUUUGAGAUUGAUUGGUUUUCUCUA